AUGGCUCCUUCCAUUCUUUUCCUGGGAUUCCUAGCUUUGUCCUUCUCAUGUGCCCUAGCAUCGGAUCCAAGCUCACUUCAAGAUUUUUGUGUAGCUGAUGGAGAUAGCAACGUUAUUGUCAAUGGGUUGGCUUGCAAGGACCCCAAAAAUGUCCAAGCUAGUCACUUCUCUUUCAGUGGACUUCACUUGGCAGGCAACACAUCAAAUGGAGUAGGGUCUAAGGUAACCGCAGUGAAUGCAGUCCAAAUACCAGGACUUAACACACUUGGUAUCUCUGUUGCACGCAUUGACUACGCACCAUACGGCAUUAACCCUCCACACACACACCCUCGUGCCUCCGAGAUCUUGACAGUUCUUGAAGGCAGCCUUGAAGUUGGAUUUGUAACAUCUAACCCUGGAAACCGUCUUGUGACCAAGGUCUUACAAAAGGGUGAUGUCUUUGUGUUCCCUGUCAAUCUUGUUCGCUUUCAAAGAAAUGUGGGAAAGAGCAAUGCGGUUGCCCUAGCAGCCUUGAGCAGCCAAAACCCAGGUGCUAUCACCAUUGCAAAUGCUGUGUUUGGGACUAAUCCGGAGAUCCCUGAUGAUAUUCUUGCGAAGGCUUUCCAGUUGGACAAGAAUGUAGUCAAUUUCCUACAAUCAAAGUUCUAGACAUGGAAUGGAAAAUAGAGUUCGAUUGGCCAUUAAUUUCUUUGUAAUUCGUUAGUUUUGUACUUGUCUUUGUGUGCGUAUGCACUUGUGCUUUAUUACAUGAUGGUUGGUUUAAGUUAAAUUGUAUUAAGUGGAUUAAAAGGUGUUCAGUCUUUCUU